AUGGGGAGAUGCCACCAGAUACCAGCUUCAUCUGGACAAGAAGUUCAGAAGGGGACGGUGGAUCAGCAGGUUGUAGGGCACAAAGUGAGUAAAUUUACCUGUAGUCCCACCUGCAGUGGAAAUUGUUUCUACAGCUGGUUCAGAGAUGAUCAUCGCUGGAUCCCAGACCACCGGUACACAGGGGGAGGUUACUGGCAGAGCACUCCAACUAACCUAGGAUGUUCAACUACUGCCACAGUUUGGAUCAAAUCCACCAGAUCAUCUAUUCAGGACAGAUACUCCUGUAAUAUCAGUAACUACAUCCAGCCUCCUUCAGAUUGUGAACUGGGUGAGAAACAGUGGGGAGUCACUUACACUCCUGAUAGUGUGUGUGCUCUGGAAGGUUCAUCAGUUCGUCUCUCCUGCUCCUAUAAAUACCCUGGAGGACUCAGAGUGACUGAAUCAUUCUGGUUCAUUAAUGAGCAGCAUGUAGAUCUGCGAGAUGAUGAUCAGUAUAAGGGGAGAGUGCAGUAUUACCAGACUCAGCUCUACCACACAGUGAGAAUCACUGAUCUGAGAGCGAGCGAUUCUCAGAUAUAUAAGUUCAGAUUCAUCACUGAUGAUCCUGGUGGUAAAUACAUUGGCAGCUCUGGAGUCAGUCUGUCUGUCACAGGUGUGUUUGAAAGUCUGCAGGUGAAAGUGGAAGGUGCUGCAGCUGCUCCUGCAGAAGGACAGACAGUAACACUGACCUGUAGCUCGAUGUGUAGCUCUCAGUCCUACUCCAUCUACACCUGGUACAGGAACGGACAGCCUGUAUCUGAGUGUAGAUCUGCCUCCUGCUCUGUAGCUGUGUUUAGUGGAGAGAUCAGCUACAGCUGUGCUGUUGAAGGUCGCGGUCUCCGCUAUGAUGCAACUCCAAAACCUGGAGACGACACGUACACAGCUCUAAACCUCGCCACCACCUCGUCCUCUGAGUACGACACUCUGACACAUGCAACACACUCCCCCAGUGAUACCUACUCAACCCUGAACCCUGCAACCAGGACAUCAUCUGAGUACGACACUUUGACAGUUGUUGGUCCUCCCUCGGUGCAGAGCGGAGCUCCAGACGAGGAGAAUAACUAA